AUGGGUAUGGCAUUGGUUAUCAGCAAUGACGGCUUGAGGCGGCUCGCGUCAAGACUACGCACCGAGUUUGCUAUAUAUUAUAUAAUAAUACAAAGCGGUCGACGCUCGGUCCAAGGCUCGAAGCCCGACCGAAACUCUUCGCUUAUCAUCUGCAUCUCUCUCUUCUCGGCGACCUACCAUCACUCUGUCCUUCUCUCUCAUGGCGGAGAACGGCACGCCCUCCCCGGCCGCGGAGGCGGCGGAGCGGGCGCCGGCGGCGGAGCGGGCGCCGGCGGCGGCGGUGGAGAAAAAGGUCGAGGAGAAGAGAUCCUGGGCGAUGAAGAGCCCGAGGAGGAGGCGACCGCCCCCCCUCCGCCGCCCACCACCAGUAGCAGCGGAGCGGAGGCUGAGACCGCUGAGCUCAAGAAGAUCGAGGAGCUCAGCAUUUCAGAGGGCCUCGAGGAUCCGGAUGAAUUAGAUAUAAAGACCGUGACGUCGGGGGAGACAGUUUAUGAAUCGGCUGUUAAAUUUGAGGACCUACCCCUGUCACAGGAGCUUCUUAAGGGUUUGAAACUCGAGAUGAAGUUUAGCAGGCCUAGCAAGAUUCAGGCAGUAACCCUACCGAUGAUUCUUACUCCCCCCUUCAAAGAUCUGGUGGCUCAAGCCCACAAUGCCGGAAAAACUACGUGUUUCGUGCUUGGCAUGCUCAGCCGAGUCGAUCCGAGUAAAAAGAUACCACAAGCAAUCUGCAUAUGCCCUACCAGAGAGCUGGCGAUCCAGAAUCAGAAUGUGCUUUUGAAGAUGGGAAAGUAUACUGGCAUAACUUCAAUGUGUGCUAUACCAUCAGAUUCGGCAAAUUAUAUCCCGAUCUCAAGACGUCCGCCAGUAACCGAUCAAGUAGUGAUCGGCACUCCUGGUACAAUUAAAAAGUGGACCUCAGCAAGGAAGUUGGCCACGCGGGAUGUGAUGAUCCUUGUCUUUGAUGAGGCUGACCACAUGCUAGCUGAGGAUGGCUUUAAAGAUGAUUCUGAGAGAAUCAUGAAGGAGAUUCGAAGGAGCAGUGGCAGCUGCCAGGUGCUACUCUUCUCUGCUACCUUUAAUGAAACUGUCAAGUCAUUUGUAUCAGGGUUAGGAUUGCAUCAGAUCUUCGUGAAGAAGAAGAGCUCACAUUGGAAAAAGUAAGCAUACAAGGUUCAUGUCCAGAUGAUUGCAAAUUGGAAGUGAUUAAGGGAUAAAAUUUUUGAAUUUGACAAGGGUGGCAGACUAUUAUAUUUGUCCGGACAAGGAACAGUGCACAUGUUACAUACGUCAUUACUUAAGGAUGGUUAUGAUGCACAUCAAUUCAGGUGCACUCAAGCAGAAGAUAGGGACAAAUUAUACAGAUUUAAAGUUGGACUAACCCGUGUCCUUAUAACUACUCUGAUCUUCUUGCUCGAGUUUUGA